AGCUCCGUAGGCAAGUUAUCCAGUAGCUGGAAAGGUCCAGGGAUCUGAAGGGUGGGAACUUCCUCCAUUGAUUCCAGUCUCGCAAACAUCUUGCCGCUCCCACCUCAUCAAUGUCAUUCACGUGAUCCGAUUAUUACGUAAGCUGUCCGAUAGCACUAGUACCCAGCUGGCAUAGAUCACCUUUUCAAGUGAUCAUGUACCAGAGAUCUAGCAUUUAGUUUUCGUCAUAUCUUCGGCUGGCUAACUCAGUGAAGAGAAGCCAGAGGCAUUACGCCAGCAAAUGGCAAAGCAGCAUCAAGUCGACCUCUCACCCGACGGCGCUGUGCGUGUGUUCGUCCGUUGGCGGCCACUCACCAAGAUCGAGAUCAGCCAGAAUAGCGCAGCGGUCUCAUACGAAGUCAAGGAGGAGGACGAAGCCAGUUAUGUGGUGGAUGUGACUGGCAAGGUGAACAACCGAUUGCGAAAGUGGAGCGGCGGGGGCUUCGCCGGAGUGCUCAGGGACAAGGACGACAACGCGUCCACGUUCGCAGCUACCGUCGAGCCCAUUCUUUUGCGUGUUAUGGAGGGUGGUACGGGGAGUUGUUUCUGCUACGGCCAUACAGGCUCUGGAAAGACGCAUACAGUCUUAGGAUAUGGCGAGGAGUUUGGUCUGUACUACAGAGCCGCCACCAGGGUGGCCGAAAUGCUCAAGGCUAUCAAUCACAAGGAAGGGACCGACUUGGCCAUUAACGUACGCUUUUCGGAGCUCUACAACGGGAAAGUUUAUGAUCUCUUGAAACAACGAGCUGAAUGUCACGUAAGGCAGGAUGCUGAUGGGAAGGUACACAUUCGUUCGCAAACGGAAAAGUUUGCGGACGGACGUGUCCGCGUUCGACCGCUUCAUGCUGUUACCUGCAGAGAUGCUGAAGAGGUUGCCAAGGCCGUCGUCAUGGGCACCGGUCUGCGCACCGCUGGGGUCUCCACGCUCCACGACCAAAGCUCUCGUUCGCAUGCCAUUAUCGAGAUGGAAAUUGUAACCAAAGAAGUCAUGGAAGCGCGUGAGGCUGUGCUUCAAGCCGAAUCAGAGUUAGUGCCCGUAGGAAAGCGGUGUACAGACAUAAAGAUUGAGGAACAAUCCAAAAUGUACGUAAAUGUGGACGGCGAAUGGAAAAUCACAGGAGUGCAAAUUGACCAGGCGCGGAUCGAUGCGGCAGAGGCGGAAUUGAAGGUAUUUGAGGAGCGUGUUAAGGCUGCGGAGGAACGCGCGGAAAGAGCUAGUAGAAAUGGCGGUCAUCCGUGUGUUGGGGGUACGCUCGUGUUUGUGGACCUCGCCGGUGCUGAGCACGGUGCAGACGAGGGAAAAAUGCCGGGGAGGAGUCAAACUGCCCAAGAGCGUCGCGAGGGAAGGCAGAUCAAUACUGAGCUCCUUGCAUUGAAGGAAGUAAUUCGUGCUCGGGCGCAAUCCCUAUGCAAUGGAGCACAGGGACAACGCAUACCCUUUCGGACUUGUUCCCUGACAAUGGUCUUGCGACGCUACUUGAUAGCAAACGACUGUGCCUGUGUCAUGAUCGCAAAUACAUCUCCAUCUGUCGAACACACGGUAAAAACAAUAAAUACGCUACAGUAUGCGGCGCUGGUGACUGCGAGUAGCAGUAAAGCGAAGAAGAAUAACGUUACCUCAGGGUGACGAGGUGAUACCAAUGAUGACCUUAAUUACACUGACAACCAGGACAAAGACCGCCUUGUUGGUAUGAACUCAUUCAAAUGUGAAUAUGCCGAGGAUACGACCCGUAGAGUAGAAACUGACAGGAGGGCAAGGGAUCAGUAUAGCAGUUAUCACGAUAGACAUAAAGUUCAAUAGUAGAAGAAGAUGAAACAUGACGGCGCUUAGAGUGACUGCAGAUCAGCAAGCCAACUAGAUGAACAUCACUGAAACUACUCAAAACACACAUGUAAAGUAAUAUUUACCUACUGUG